CGUCAUCACAACAUUGUACAGUUCAUGUUCGCGCCAAAAUCGUGCGAUCAUCAGCAGCUCGGCAGUCGCAGACGACCGCAGACAUAAACAUAUAAGUCACUCAUCAAAACAUCUUGUUUAUAUAUAUACACAUAUAUACAGAUAGAUCAAUCUUUCCUAUCUUCCGUUAAUGACACCUGUCAUCUAUGCUACGUAAUAAUCAAAGGAACUUUUACUUUUGUCGAAUUUAGUUAAGAGUGAAACAAUUAUUUCAAAUACAGUGGCAAUCAUAAAGUAAUCAAAGUGCAAUGUCGAUGUUAGGUCUGAAUUCUUAUUUCUCCAUUACUGAUAUUUUGGUCACAGAGGAACGAAUUCACUCAGAAAUUAAAAAGUUGCUGCCAAAUCUUGGAUUUUUGUGUCCAUCUUCUGAUAGACAAGACCUCGAGCCUGGAACAAGAAUAGAUCUCCCACUGUGGCUGGCUGAUGCUUUGAGCAAAUCUAGACAACCCAUAGUCACUUGUGAAACUCCAAAAAUUUUUAAAGACAGUUACAAAGAGAUUCUACAUGCUGAUGCUUGUGCAGUGGAAUUAAGUAAAUGGUGUCAACACUACUAUGAAUUAGGUUUACAUCUUCCACAAAUGAGUGUCGAAGACAGUAGUAAACUUGCAGAAUUUCUUCUAGAAGUAUUUAAAUCUAGAUUUGUAGUAAUCAUCGAUUGGGAACAUAACGUAUCUACUCCAGCCUUGAAAGGUCAAAUUUCAGUGUUAGAGAAAAAAUUAUACUUGCAAGGAGAUAUUGGACGACAACAGUUACUCAAUUGGUUGAAUAAAGGAGUCAAACAUAUCAAGACUUCCACUGUGUUAAAUAAUAUAAGGAAGCGUAAACGUAUGGAUGUUUAACUACAUUUAUGUAUCAGAUUUAUUAUGUAUAAAAUUUCUUACAACUGUAGCUUAAAUGUUCUUUAUAUACUUUAAAUGAC